AUGACUAAGGAGCCUGGCAAGAAAAAGAAAGGCAAGCCAAAGAAGCCUUCAGAUGAGCCACGCGACCAGAAAGAACCAGAAACCGUCAUUAUCACUGAAGUGACUCGCAUCAUCCAGGAAGGCGACAAGAUGCCAGGGUUCCCAGGAGAGCCUGUAGAUGACACAAAGGAGCCCACGAAGCUUCCAAGCAGAGAGGGCACACCUGGAAAGGAACCCACUCCAACUAUCUUUGGCUGGAAAGAAACACCUGAGAAGCCAGAAGUCGAUGACAAGGAGCCUGGCAAGAAAAAGAAAGGCAAGCCAAAGAAGCCUUCAGAUGAGCCACGCGACCAGAAAGAACCAGAAACCGUCAUUAUCACUGAAGUGACUCGCAUCAUCCAGGAAGGCGACAAGAUGCCAGGGUUCCCAGGAGAGCCUACCAUUGACACAAAGGAGCCCACGAAGCUUCCAAGCAGAGAGGGCACACCUGGAAAGGAACCCACUCCAACUAUCUUUGGCUGGAAAGAAACACCUGAGAAGCCAGAAGCUGAUGACAAGGAGCCUGGCAAGAAAAAGAAAGGCAAGCCAAAGAAGCCUUCAGAUGAGCCACGCGACCAGAAAGAACCAGAAACCGUCAUUAUCACUGAAGUGACUCGCAUCAUCCAGGAAGGCGACAAGAUGACAGGGUUCCCAGGAGAGCCUGUAGAUGACACAAAGGAGCCCACGAAGCUUCCAAGCAGAGAGGGCACACCUGGAAAGGAACCCACUCCAACUAUCUUUGGCUGGAAAGAAACACCUGAGAAGCCAGAAGCUGAUGACAAGGAGCCUGGCAAGAAAAAGAAAGGCAAGCCAAAGAAGCCUUCAGAUGAGCCACGCGACCAGAAAGAACCAGAAACCGUCAUUAUCACUGAAGUGACUCGCAUCAUCCAGGAAGGCGACAAGGUGCCAGAGUUCCCAGGAGAGCCUGUAGAUGACACAAAGGAGCCCACGAAGCUUCCAAGCAGAGAGGGCACACCUGGAAAGGAACCCACUCCAACUAUCUUUGGCUGGAAAGAAACACCUGAGAAGCCAGAAGCUGAUGACAAGGAGCCUGGCAAGAAAAAGAAAGGCAAGCCAAAGAAGCCUUCAGAUGAGCCACGCGACCAGAAAGAACCAGAAACCGUCAUUAUCACUGAAGUGACUCGCAUCAUCCAGGAAGGCGACAAGAUGCCAGGGUUCCCAGGAGAGCCUGUAGAUGACACAAAGGAGCCCACGAAGCUUCCAAGCAGAGAGGGCACACCUGGAAAGGAACCCACUCCAACUAUCUUUGGCUGGAAAGAAACACCUGAGAAGCCAGAAGCUGAUGACAAGGAGCCUGGCAAGAAAAAGAAAGGCAAGCCAAAGAAGCCUUCAGAUGAGCCACGCGACCAGAAAGAACCAGAAACCGUCAUUAUCACUGAAGUGACUCGCAUCAUCCAGGAAGGCGACAAGAUGACAGGGUUCCCAGGAGAGCCUGUAGAUGACACAAAGGAACCCACGAAGCUUCCAAGCAGAGAGGGCACACCUGGAAAGGAACCCACUCCAACUAUCUUUGGCUGGAAAGAAACACCUGAGAAGCCAGAAGCUGAUGACAAGGAGCCUGGCAAGAAAAAGAAAGGCAAGCCAAAGAAGCCUUCAGAUGAGCCACGCGACCAGAAAGAACCAGAAACCGUCAUUAUCACUGAAGUGACUCGCAUCAUCCAGGAAGGCGACAAGAUGACAGGGUUCCCAGGAGAGCCUGUAGAUGACACAAAGGAGCCCACGAAGCUUCCAAGCAGAGAGGGCACACCUGGAAAGGAACCCACUCCAACUAUCUUUGGCUGGAAAGAAACACCUGAGAAGCCAGAAGCUGAUGACAAGGAGCCUGGCAAGAAAAGAAAGGAAGGCGACAAGAUGCCAGGGUUCCCAGGAGAGCCUGUAGAUGACACAAAGGAGCCCACGAAGCUACCAAGCAGAGAGGGCACACCUGGAAAGGAACCCACUCCAACUAUCUUUGGCUGGAAAGAAACACCUGAGAAGCCAGAAGCUGAUGACAAGGAGCCUGGCAAGAAAAAGAAAGGCAAGCCAAAGAAGCCUUCAGAUGAGCCACGCGACCAGAAAGAACCAGAAACCGUCAUUAUCACUGAAGUGACUCGCAUCAUCCAGGAAGGCGACAAGAUGCCAGGGUUCCCAGGAGAGCCUGUAGAUGACACAAAGGAGCCCACGAAGCUUCCAAGCAGAGAGGGCACACCUGGAAAGGAACCCACUCCAACUAUCUUUGGCUGGAAAGAAACACCUGAGAAGCCAGAAGCUGAUGACAAGGAGCCUGGCAAGAAAAAGAAAGGCAAGCCAAAGAAGCCUUCAGAUGAGCCACGCGACCAGAAAGAACCAGAAACCGUCAUUAUCACUGAAGUGACUCGCAUCAUCCAGGAAGGCGACAAGAUGCCAGGGUUCCCAGGAGAGCCUGUAGAUGACACAAAGGAGCCCACGAAGCUUCCAAGCAGAGAGGGCACACCUGGAAAGGAACCCACUCCAACUAUCUUUGGCUGGAAAGAAACACCUGAGAAGCCAGAAGCUGAUGACAAGGAGCCUGGCAAGAAAAAGAAAGGCAAGCCAAAGAAGCCUUCAGAUGAGCCACGCGACCAGAAAGAACCAGAAACCGUCAUUAUCACUGAAGUGACUCGCAUCAUCCAGGAAGGCGACAAGAUGCCAGGGUUCCCAGGAGAGCCUGUAGAUGACACAAAGGAGCCCACGAAGCUUCCAAGCAGAGAGGGCACACCUGGAAAGGAACCCACUCCAACUAUCUUUGGCUGGAAAGAAACACCUGAGAAGCCAGAAGCUGAUGACAAGGAGCCUGGCAAGAAAAAGAAAGGCAAGCCAAAGAAGCCUUCAGAUGAGCCACGCGACCAGAAAGAACCAGAAACCGUCAUUAUCACUGAAGUGACUCGCAUCAUCCAGGAAGGCGACAAGAUGCCAGGGUUCCCAGGAGAGCCUGUAGAUGACACAAAGGAGCCCACGAAGCUUCCAAGCAGAGAGGGCACACCUGGAAAGGAACCCACUCCAACUAUCUUUGGCUGGAAAGAAACACCUGAGAAGCCAGAAGCUGAUGACAAGGAGCCUGGCAAGAAAAAGAAAGGCAAGCCAAAGAAGCCUUCAGAUGAGCCACGCGACCAGAAAGAACCAGAAACCGUCAUUAUCACUGAAGUGACUCGCAUCAUCCAGGAAGGCGACAAGAUGCCAGGGUUCCCAGGAGAGCCUGUAGAUGACACAAAGGAGCCCACGAAGCUUCCAAGCAGAGAGGGCACACCUGGAAAGGAACCCACUCCAACUAUCUUUGGCUGGAAAGAAACACCUGAGAAGCCAGAAGCUGAUGACAAGGAGCCUGGCAAGAAAAAGAAAGGCAAGCCAAAGAAGCCUUCAGAUGAGCCACGCGACCAGAAAGAACCAGAAACCGUCAUUAUCACUGAAGUGACUCGCAUCAUCCAGGAAGGCGACAAGAUGCCAGGGUUCCCAGGAGAGCCUGUAGAUGACACAAAGGAGCCCACGAAGCUUCCAAGCAGAGAGGGCACACCUGGAAAGGAACCCACUCCAACUAUCUUUGGCUGGAAAGAAACACCUGAGAAGCCAGAAGAUGAUGACAAGGAGCCUGGCAAGAAAAAGAAAGGCAAGCCAAAGAAGCCUUCAGAUGAGCCACGCGACCAGAAAGAACCAGAAACCGUCAUUAUCACUGAAGUGACUCGCAUCAUCCAGGAAGGCGACAAGAUGCCAGGGUUCCCAGGAGAGCCUAGAGGGCACACCUGGAAAGGAACCCACUCCACUAUCUUUGGCUGGAAAGAAACACCUGAGAAGCCAGAAGCUGAUGACAAGGAGCCUGGCAAGAAAAAGAAAGGCAAGCCAAAGAAGCCUUCAGAUGAGCCACGCGACCAGAAAGAACCAGAAACCGUCAUUAUCACUGAAGUGACUCGCAUCAUCCAGGAAGGCGACAAGGUGCCAGGGUUCCCAGGAGAGCCUGUAGAUGACACAAAGGAGCCCACGAAGCUUCCAAGCAGAGAGGGCACACCUGGCAAGGAGCCCACUCCUAUCCUUGGCUGGAAAGAAACACCUGAGAAGCCAGAAGCUGAUGACAAGGAGCCUGGCAAGAAAAAGAAAGGCAAGCCAAAGAAGCCUUCAGAUGAGCCACGCGACCAGAAAGAACCAGAAACCGUCAUUAUCACUGAAGUGACUCGCAUCAUCCAGGAAGGCGACAAGGUGCCAGAGUUCCCAGGAGAGCCUGUAGUUGACACAAAGGAGCCCACGAAGCUUCCAAGCAGAGAGGGCACACCUGGAAAGGAACCCACUCCAACUAUCUUUGGCUGGAAAGAAACACCUGAGAAGCCAGAAGCUGAUGACAAGGAGCCUGGCAAGAAAAAGAAAGGCAAGCCAAAGAAGCCUUCAGAUGAGCCACGCGACCAGAAAGAACCAGAAACCGUCAUUAUCACUGAAGUGACUCGCAUCAUCCAGGAAGGCGACAAGAUGCCAGGGUUCCCAGGAGAGCCUGUAGAUGACACAAAGGAGCCCACGAAGCUUCCAAGCAGAGAGGGCACACCUGGAAAGGAACCCACUCCAACUAUCUUUGGCUGGAAAGAAACACCUGAGAAGCCAGAAGCUGAUGACAAGGAGCCUGGCAAGAAAAAGAAAGGCAAGCCAAAGAAGCCUUCAGAUGAGCCACGCGACCAGAAAGAACCAGAAACCGUCAUUAUCACUGAAGUGACUCGCAUCAUCCAGGAAGGCGACAAGAUGCCAGGGUUCCCAGGAGAGCCUGUAGAUGACACAAAGGAGCCCACGAAGCUUCCAAGCAGAGAGGGCACACCUGGAAAGGAACCCACUCCAACUAUCUUUGGCUGGAAAGAAACACCUGAGAAGCCAGAAGCUGAUGACAAGGAGCCUGGCAAGAAAAAGAAAGGCAAGCCAAAGAAGCCUUCAGAUGAGCCACGCGACCAGAAAGAACCAGAAACCGUCAUUAUCACUGAAGUGACUCGCAUCAUCCAGGAAGGCGACAAGAUGCCAGGGUUCCCAGGAGAGCCUGUAGAUGACACAAAGGAGCCCACGAAGCUUCCAAGCAGAGAGGGCACACCUGGAAAGGAACCCACUCCAACUAUCUUUGGCUGGAAAGAAACACCUGAGAAGCCAGAAGAUGAUGACAAGGAGCCUGGCAAGAAAAAGAAAGGCAAGCCAAAGAAGCCUUCAGAUGAGCCACGCGACCAGAAAGAACCAGAAACCGUCAUUAUCACUGAAGUGACUCGCAUCAUCCAGGAAGGCGACAAGAUGCCAGGGUUCCCAGGAGAGCCUGUAGAUGACACAAAGGAGCCCACGAAGCUUCCAAGCAGAGAGGGCACACCUGGAAAGGAACCCACUCCAACUAUCUUUGGCUGGAAAGAAACACCUGAGAAGCCAGAAGCUGAUGACAAGGAGCCUGGCAAGAAAAAGAAAGGCAAGCCAAAGAAGCCUUCAGAUGAGCCACGCGACCAGAAAGAACCAGAAACCGUCAUUAUCACUGAAGUGACUCGCAUCAUCCAGGAAGGCGACAAGAUGCCAGGGUUCCCAGGAGAGCCUGUAGAUGACACAAAGGAGCCCACGAAGCUUCCAAGCAGAGAGGGCACACCUGGAAAGGAACCCACUCCAACUAUCUUUGGCUGGAAAGAAACACCUGAGAAGCCAGAAGCUGAUGACAAGGAGCCUGGCAAGAAAAAGAAAGGCAAGCCAAAGAAGCCUUCAGAUGAGCCACGCGACCAGAAAGAACCAGAAACCGUCAUUAUCACUGAAGUGACUCGCAUCAUCCAGGAAGGCGACAAGAUGCCAGGGUUCCCAGGAGAGCCUGUAGAUGACACAAAGGAGCCCACGAAGCUUCCAAGCAGAGAGGGCACACCUGGAAAGGAACCCACUCCAACUAUCUUUGGCUGGAAAGAAACACCUGAGAAGCCAGAAGAUGAUGACAAGGAGCCUGGCAAGAAAAAGAAAGGAAGGCGACAAGAUGCCAGGGUUCCCAGGAGAGCCUGUACGAUUGACACAAAGGAGCCCACGAAGCUUCCAAGCAGAGAGGGCACACCUGGAAAGGAACCCACUCCAACUAUCUUUGGCUGGAAAGAAACACCUGAGAAGCCAGAAGCUGAUGACAAGGAGCCUGGCAAGAAAAAGAAAGGCAAGCCAAAGAAGCCUUCAGAUGAGCCACGCGACCAGAAAGAACCAGAAACCGUCAUUAUCACUGAAGUGACUCGCAUCAUCCAGGAAGGCGACAAGAUGCCAGGGUUCCCAGGAGAGCCUGUAGAUGACACAAAGGAGCCCACGAAGCUUCCAAGUAGAGAGGGCACACCUGGAAAGGAACCCACUCCAACUAUCUUUGGCUGGAAAGAAACACCUGAGAAGCCAGAAGAUGAUGACAAGGAGCCUGGCAAGAAAAAGAAAGGCAAGCCAAAGAAGCCUUCAGAUGAGCCACGCGACCAGAAAGAACCAGAAACCGUCAUUAUCACUGAAGUGACUCGCAUCAUCCAGGAAGGCGACAAGAUGCCAGGGUUCCCAGGAGAGCCUGUAGAUGACACAAAGGAGCCCACGAAGCUUCCAAGCAGAGAGGGCACACCUGGAAAGGAACCCACUCCUAUCUUUGGCUGGAAAGAAACACCUGAGAAGCCAGAAGAUGAUGACAAGGAGCCUGGCAAGAAAAAGAAAGGCAAGCCAAAGAAGCCUUCAGAUGAGCCACGCGACCAGAAAGAACCAGAAACCGUCAUUAUCACUGAAGUGACUCGCAUCAUCCAGGAAGGCGACAAGAUGCCAGGGUUCCCAGGAGAGCCUGUAGAUGACACAAAGGAGCCCACGAAGCUUCCAAGCAGAGAGGGCACACCUGGAAAGGAACCCACUCCAACUAUCUUUGGCUGGAAGAAACACCUGAGAAGCCAGAAGAUGAUGACAAGGAGCCUGGCAAGAAAAAGAAAGGCAAGCCAAAGAAGCCUUCAGAUGAGCCACGCGACCAGAAAGAACCAGAAACCGUCAUUAUCACUGAAGUGA